AUGCGUCUUCUCUUAGUAAUACCUCAACAAACAAUACGUUCCAAAUUUCAGAAUUUAUCAUCGUCUCCAGUCGAUAAUUCAUCACGUACACUUAUUGUGCCUUGGAUCGAACAACAGCGUGUACUGGCACAUUCCUCUGUGCGUUUAUUCAUCGGACAUGGUGGAUUAAAUAGUGUUGGAGAGGCAAUAUACGCGCACAUUCCAAUAAUAAUAGUACCUGGUUUCGCUGAUCAACUUAUUAUGGCCGCUAAAAUCAUGGAAGCUAAGAUCGGGUAUGCAAUUGAGAGGCAUGUGCUUACAGCCGAGAAGCUCGCCUCUUACAUCAACAUGAUCAUUGCAGACUAUGAUACAUUUGUUUCACGUCUCCGUCGAAUACAUCAGGUAAGUGAAUUCGAAGGAGGAACGCGACGAGCGGCUACAUUGAUUGAUAAUUGGUUGAUAACAGGCUAUACACAUUUGAUCACCAACGAACAUAAGUUGCCUUUUAUUGUUGCAUCUAGUUUGGAUGUACAACUCACACUACUCGCAAUCAUCAUUCUUAUUUGCUACUCAGUUUUUCUGCUCGUCAAAUGUAUCAUUCGUUCAUGUCUAUAUCACAGAAAAUUGAAGCAGUUAUGAAGUAGAAUCAAAAUCUUGCAGCAACUAACGAUGAUUCAAUAUCACAGUCAUUUUCUACAAUAAGUUUUAGAUUAAACUUAAGGGUGUGGGUGUGGGUGUGGGUGUGGGUGUGGGUGUGGGUGUGGGUGUGGGUGGGGGUGUGGGUGUGGGUGUGGGGGGGGGGGGGGGUGUGGGGGGGGGUGGGGGUGUGGGGGGGGGGGGGUGGGGGCGCGGCGCCGGGCGGGUGCGCAGCGCCCGCGGU